AUGCUAUCCUCGAGUUCGCCAAAUCGCCCACCCGUCUCCCUUUCCGUCGCGCGUCACGUCGCCAUCUCGUCGCCCGUCCCGUCGCCCUCUUCGUCGCCCUCUCUCCCCUCCUCUCCUCCCGUCGGCCUCUCUCUCGCCCCUCCCUACCGAUCGCCCUCCCGUCGCUCGCCCCGUCGCGCUCUCUCUCUCCGCUCCCUUCCCGUCGCCCUCUCUCUCGCCCCUCCCUUCCCGUCGUGCUCUCUCUCUCCGCGCCCUUCCCGUCGCCCUCUCUCUCGCCCCUCCCUUCCCAUCGCUCUCUCUCUCUCUCCGUUCCGCCCUCUCUCUCGCUCCUCCUUCGAAUCGCGCUCUCUCUCCGCUCCCUUACCGUCGGCCUCUCUCUCCGCUCCCUUCCCGUCGCGCUCUCUCUCUCCGCUCCCUUCCCGUCGCCCUCUCUCUCGCCCCUCCCUUCCCGUCGCGCUCUCUCUCUCCGCUCCCUUCCCGUCGCCCUCUCUCUCGCCCCUCCCUUCCCGUCACGCUCUCUCUCUCCGCUCCCUUCCCAUCACCCUCUCUCUCGCCCCUCCCUUCCCGUCGCGAUCUCUCUCUCCGCUCCCUUCCCGUCGCCCUCUCUCUCGCCCCUCCUACCCGUCGCGCUCUCUCUCUCCGCGCCCUUCCCGUCGCCCUCUCUCUCGCCCCUCCCUUCCCAUCGCGUUCUCUCUCUCCGCUCCGCCCUCUCUCUCGCUCCUCCCUUCGAAUCGCGCUCUCUCUCUCUCUCUCUCUCUCUCUCUCUCUCUCUCUCUCUCUCUCUCUCUCUCUCUCUCUCUCUCUCUCUCUCUCUCUCUCUCUCUCUCCGCUCCCUUCCCGUCGCGCUCUCUCUCUCCGCUCCCUUCCCAUUGCCCUCUCUCUUUCUGCUCCCUUCCCAUCCUCCCUUCUCGCUCGCCUCGAAUAGCCCUCCCGGCGACCUUCGACUCUCCCAUCACGUAUGCCCUCCUUUCUCCGUCGCCUCUCUCAUUCUCCCUCUGCUAUCGCGUCAGCGUGACCCUUUCCGUACUCUGUUAUUGUGUUUGGUUUGUUUGUUUUUUUCUGUCUUUCCAUCUAUUCUCGACACCCUCUCUCCCGCCGCCUAUCCUCUCUCCCGUCGCCCUCCCGUUUCCCGUCGCCCUCCCGUUUCCCGCCCCCCUCCCGUUUCCCGUCGCCCUCCCUUUUCCCGUCGCCCUCCCGUUUCCCGUCGCCCUCGCGUUUCCCGUCGCCCUCCGGUUUCCCGUCGCCCUCCCGUUUCCCGUCGCCCUCCGGUUUCCCGUCGCCCUCCCGUUUCCCGUCGCCCUCCCUUCUUCCGUCACCCUCCCUUUUCCCGUCGCCCUCGCGUUUCCCGCCCUCCCGUUUCCCGUCGCCCUCCCGUUUUCCGUCGCCCUCCCGUUUCCCGUCGCCCUCCCGUUUCCCGUCGCCCUCGCGUUUCCCGUCGCCCUCCCGUUUCCCGUCGCCCUCCCGUUCCCCUUCGCCCCCCUUCUUCCGUCGCCCUCCCGUUUCCUACGCCCUCCCUUCCCGUCGCCCUCCCGUUUCCCUCAUUCGUCCGCUGUCCGCUCCCCUCCCAUCACCUUCGCGGGUCUCUCCCCUCCUCCCCGUCGCCCUUUCUUUCUUCCCUCCCUCCUCGUCGCCCUCGCUCUUCCCCCUCCCUUCAUGUCGACCUCGUUUUCUCCCCUCCCCUCCCGUCACCCUCGAUGCGUCGUCGCCCCAUCGCUCAACUCGUUGGCUUUAGCUCUCUCCCCGAAAUGCCUCCCCCUUGUCGCCGUUCUUCUCUCCCUUCCCAUCACACAGCUCGUCGCCAACGCUCUUGCUCUGAAACGCCCUCCCCGUGUAACAUUUCGAUACCCAACCAACCCAGGGGACCCUCCAGCUGCUGAAAAUUCCAAGGAGCAGGAAGGGGAGUCUCAGGAGGAUGACAUUGAGUUGGAAAGGGAGGAGGACAUUCUGCAUGCUGAAAUUGCUAAGCUGCAGGAUCAUGCUGUUGAGCAGGAUACGCGCAUCCAACAGCAGCACUCACUCAUCACCAACCUCACGAGGGAGCUCUCUAACUAG